AUGUCCACUGAAAUCGAGCUUGAAACUUACGCCAAACCAGAAGCUCCCGUGAACGUGGUUACUGUGGAUAGAACGGCUUCUCGUGCCCAGACCCUGGGCCAAGGCCAGUCGCUGCUGCAGGCGGUUGAAGAAACGCUUAACCCUGUAACGUCUUUUUCACCUACUGGAACGCCUCUCCAGGUGGACGAACAGGAGAAUGUUUUUGCUAAUAUGAAGCCUCAGCCUAACGAUCUUUUCCCAGACGGGGGAUUGAAGGCGUGGCUGGUGGUGUUGGGAAGUUUCAUUGGCUUGGUGAUCAACUUUGGCUUUUUGAACGCUGUGGGUGCCAUUCAGGCGUAUGUUUCCAACCACCAGUUGGCUGGUGAACCAGUGAGCUCUGUGUCGUGGGUGUUUUCUAUUUAUAUGUGUUUGCCCUUCUUUUUGGGUGCUUUUGUGGGGCCCAUCUUCGAUACUAAGGGCGCCACUCCGCUUCUCAUUGCAGCUACCGUUCUACUCUUUGGUGGCUUCAUUGCUGUCAGUUUCUCGAACCUGAUUGUCGCUUUCAUCUUUUCCCUUGCCAUUUGUAUGGGAUCCGCUCAGGCUCUUGCCAUUACCCCGCUAGUCUCCUCUGUGUCCCAUUGGUUUAUGUUGAACAGAGGAAAAGCCAUGGGCGUGGCUACUUUGGGUGGUUCCAUUGGCGGUAUCAUUUGGCCCAUUGUACUUAACGCUUUAUAUGGCUCAGUGGGUUUCGGCUGGGGUAUCCGGAUCUGCGGUUUUAUUUGUUUGGCUGGUUCCAUCUCUUCCGUUCUUUUGGUCAAGUCUCGUUUCAAAAGGUCCUUGUCUGAGCCUGAUCUGGACCACUUGGGUAAGCAUAAGCGUCUUCUUUCCACCACCAAGUCAUUUUUUGACCUUUCUGCUUUCAAGGAUAUGAAAUUCUCUUUCCUUGUCGGUGGUGUGUUUAGCACGGAGAUUGCUCUCAUGUCCAUUCUUACCUACUUGGCUACUUACGCCAUGUCGUAUGGUCUUUCUGAACAAGCGUCCUUGUACCUUUUGACCUUUUUCAACCUUGCAGGUGCUUUCGGCAGAUACAUCCCCAACCAUCUUGCUGAUAAAAUUGGUACCUUCAACGUUAUGGUGCUUAUGCUUAUUGGAUUUGUUAUUUCCAUCUUCUGUAUCUGGCUUCCUGCGGGCCACACCAGAGCUGGCCUCUACGUUUUUACAGUUGCUUGUGGCUUUUUCAGCUCCUCCAUUUUGGGUUUGACCCCCCUCUGCCUCGGUUCCAUUUCCCAGGUAGACAAAUUCGGCCAGAGAUACGGCCUCAUGUACACGUUUGCUAGUACUGGUAUUUUAUUUGGUGUGCCUGUUGGUGCCGCUUUGAUCGGCGACGGUUCUCCUGACGAGUACCGUAACUUUAUUAUUUUCUGUGGUGUGUUUGCCUUUGUUGGCACGAUUCUGUGGAUCGUGAGCCGCUGGUACAUUGUGGGCUUCAAAAUCAACAUCAAGGUUUAG